AUGUCUGUUCUGCCUUCAAGGUUUAUCUACGUGUGUUUACAUUUUCUGGUCCUCUACUUCCAGUUGCUGGAGUCUCACCAGAGUUCGACAGACUUCAGAAUCUACAUUGAGAACCACACUCGGGAUGACGUGAGUCGGAAACAGGUGCGAAUUUACCAGCUGUACAGCCGAACCACAGGGAAACACGUCCAGAUCCUGGGCAAGAAGAUCAACGCCAACGGAGACGAUGGGGGCAAGUACGCUCUUCUUGUUGUGGAGACAGAAACGUUUGGGAGCCACAUUCGAAUAAAAGGAAAAGAAAGUGGCUACUACAUCUGCAUGAACAAGAAAGGCAAAAUUGUCGGAAAGCUCAAUGGGAGGAAUGAGGAAUGUGUGUUCAUAGAAGAGUUCUUGGAGAACAACUACACGGCACUGGUGUCAGCCAAGUACAAAAACUGGUACCUGGGCUUCAACCGUAAGGGCAGGCCGAAAAACGGCUCACUGACGUCGCAAACGCAGCAGGAAGUGCAUUUCAUGAAGCGCUCCCCAAAGGGCAAAGUGGACCCGCUUGAGGAAUUCCGUUUCACCACGGUAACCAAACGGACACGCAGGGCAAGGCGCUUAAAAUCUAACCCCAAAACAAACUGA